AUGGUGAAGGUCGUUAUGCUGGAGACGAAGCAGCUGAGUGGAUAUCAAACUAUUUGGAUAAACCUGGCUGUAAGAUCUAUCAGCUCACAAAGCCAAGAAUUAUACAGGAGGAUAAAGAGUGGGGCGAUGUUGCUCAACCAGGCGAUGAGGUACUGUAAAAUUAAUUAUAUGUGCUUGAUAAAAAUGCCUCAGAAGCAUGCUAUAAAAAACGUACUCAAUACUGUUCCACAACAAUUAAAAUCUACUAUAUAUCAGUGCCAUUUAAGACCAAUAGGACUUUUAAAAAACCAAACCCUUUGGCAUGCGCGUACCUACAUGGGUUAAUACUGUCAGUAUUAGUAUAAGUAAUAGCAUGAUUAGUGGUGAUAUUUGGCAUAAAUACCACGAGUGAUAUUUCAAAAUUGUUAUACGUAAUUUCACGAGCCGUUAGGCGAGUGAAAUUUGAGACAAUUUUGAAAUAUCACGAGUGGUAUNUUGAGUAGUCAUCAAGUAAUACUGUUUCUUGUUGCUUAAACACAAUCACUGUGACUCUUUUAACAGAGUGUGGAACACAUAUGGUGAAGGUCGUUAUGCUGGAGACGAAGCAGCUGAGUGGAUAUCAAACUAUUUGGAUAAACCUGGCUGUAAGAUCUAUCAGCUCACAAAGCCAAGAAUUAUACAGGAGGAUAAAGAGUGGGGCGAUGUUGCUCAACCAGGCGAUGAGGUACUGUAAAAUUAAUUAUAUGUGCUUGAUAAAAAUGCCUCAGAAGCAUGCUAUAAAAAACGUACUCAAUACUGUUCCACAACAAUUAAAAUCUACUAUAUAUCAGUGCCAUUUAAGACCAAUAGGACUUUUAAAAAACCAAACCCUUUGGCAUGCGCGUACCUACAUGGGUUAAUACUGUCAGUAUUAGUAUAAGUAAUAGCAUGAUUAGUGGUGAUAUUUGGCAUAAAUACCACGAGUGAUAUUUCAAAAUUGUUAUACGUAAUUUCACGAGCCGUUAGGCGAGUGAAAUUUGAGACAAUUUUGAAAUAUCACGAGUGGUAUUUAUGUCAAAUAUCACGUACAAGUCAUGCUAUUAUUUGUUUAUACUACUACCUGCAAAGGUUUUGUAAUUUUCACAUGUAGGAAUUUCAAAUUUAGCUGAAAUACCACUGCUUUAAGCCAAUCAAAUUGCAGAAAUUUCUCAUGUAGUGGUAUAAUAAUAUUUAUACUACUACAUGAGAAAUUUCUGCAAUUAUUUGAUCGGCUUAGAGCAGUGGUAUUUCAUGAAAUUUGAAAUGCCUACAUGUGAAAAUUACAAACCUUUUUGCGGGUAGUAGUAUAAACAAAUAAUAGCAUGAUUUGUACGUGACAUAUACCACUCGUGAUUUUCCAAAAUUGUCUCAAAUUUCACUCACCUAAAGGCUCAUGAAAUUACGUAUAACAAUUUCGAAAUAACACUCAUCGGGUAUUUAUCAGAUUUAUGCCUAAUAUCACUACAAAUCAUGCUUUUACCUUUACUAAUUUGUUUACUAAGUUGUUCCGAAAGAUUUGGUCAUCAUACUGAAUUAUGUGGACAUCCCCAUGAACUUGUCUCCUAAAUCAGCUUGCAGAAAUACUGCUUUACCCGUAGGAAACACAAAAAAAAUGGAGAAAUCUAGCAAAAGCGAUUACAGAAUUUUCAUUGCUCCUAUAUUUGGUACCAUUCAGGCUGGCGAACUAAUCGAGUUUCUGGAACUUUCGCAACUUUUAGGAGCUUCUUAUUUUACAUUUUAUGAAUAUGAAAUCUCUGACGAUGUCAAGAAAGUGCUUCAUUAAUACAAAAGUAAAGGAUUAGCACAGGUUCUUUCUUGGAAAUUACCCUCCUAUAUCAUGGACGAAGACGUCAAUUACUAUGGGCAAUUUUUUUUCAGCACGAGAACAUGCUUUCGUUACUUCACUGUAUUCACGAAGAAAAAUAUUGUGGCCAUUGUUUUCAAAGUGUUAGAUUUGCCUGUGUAGAAAAUGCUAAUCAAACUUUCUUGCUUUUCUCUCGUAAUGUUUCACGUCGUUUCUUGAUAGGUCUCACACUAAAAUGCCUUAGUGAUCCACAAAGAGUUUUAGUUUUUGAACGUGAACUACAUCAUAUCAAGCAGCCUCAAUGUGAGCUGGAACGAAGUGAGUGUCUUCCACUUUAGAAACUGUCCUGCACCGUGUGACAUGCCCACCGAUAUGGAAGUAGACACCACCCUGCAGAAAUAUGGCGAACGAUUGAAAAAGAAUGUGAAUGUGUAAGGUUCUUUUACAGUCCAAUUCCCCCGUUAUAAUUUUACCAGCAGAAGGUGGGAGUAGCCAUGAUCCUCAGGGAUUCUCCCUUAAUUAAUCCAUGUAGGGAUGUGUGUGUUAAAGGGUUUGGGUUCUGAGUGCUUUUGGUCUGAAACUGGGUAUAGAAAUUUAAAGUGGUUUCUGGUCCCCAACUAAGUGGAAGAUUUAGGCGUGCAAGAUGUGAUGGGAUGGGGUGAAGGAAAAAUAUUUACUGGCAGAAUUUGUUUGGUAGAUCCUUGCAAUCGUGCGAAGUGAUGCACAAUGCUUUAUUUAGUCACAGAAAAAGGUCCUAUUUUCAUUGUUAAUGUAGGUGAUCAUCUGACUUUAAAUAAAAUCUUAGUUUUGGCUCAAAGGAAGAACAGUACAAGCAAAACAAACAAACAAAAGUUAGAGAAAAUGAAAAGGAGAUUGAAAGAGAGAGAUGGAAAUACAAUUGAGGGAAGGUGGAGUGAAUGUGAGUUAAUUAGAGAGGUGUACUUAAAGAAGUAAGAUCAGCAUGCAUAUUCGAUACAGAUAGAUAAAUGGUUUAUUGAUAACCACUUUGCAACCAGAAGUUGAAUCAUCCAAUUAUUCACAAGCAAAUGUAAUUACUUGAGAAUACAACUGGUAAUAUUUAAUUUGUGUAAAAAUAUACAAAACUGAAUAGAAGGAGCACUAUGGUCCUCUACAGUAAAUGUGAUAAGAAAAAAAAUAUGAAAAUAGGAGUAUAAAAAUAAAUAAAAUUCCAUACUGAUGACGUUUCACUACCCAGUUCUGGGUGGUGCUUCUGAUUGGUCGUGCUGUGAGGGAAAUUUGUUUCAACCAAUCAGAAGCACUACCCAGAUCUGGGUAGUGCUUCUGAUUGGUCGUGCUGUGAGGGAAAUUUGUUUCAACCAAUCAGAAGCACUACCUCAGGAAAAGAAAUCGAAUCGUCAGAGAGAAAAGAAAAGAAAGUGAGUUUUACAGCUUGCCAUUCGGGCAAGCUGUAGCUAGCAUGUACCAGCCUAAAAGUCAUUUCAGCUCCCAUUCCCUUCCAAAAAGAAAAAAAAAUGGGUGAGCAGGAUUGUUUACAGUUCUUCUGUAAUUUGAGUUGCCCAAAAGGCUUCACUUGCCUAUCGGGCAAGUUAAGAACAGAAUUCACCAGCCUAAUAGUAAGACACUAUCUUCUUUGCACGCUGAUUGUUAGUUUAUCUUAAUUUUUUGACAUAGAAAUCAAUUGUAUUCAAAAACCUAAUAAAGUGGGGAUGGAUCAAGUCUGUCUUAAACUUAUUUCUUCUUUGUCUUCUAAGGUGUCAUUUGGUGAGUUUGCCCCCUACCUGAUUACUAAUGAAGCAUCCUUAGAUGCACUGAAUGAAGAGCUACCAAUGCCGGUCUCUAUGACAAGGUUCCGUCCAAACAUAGUGGUUAGAGGACUCAAGGCAUGGGAAGAGGUAUUUUCUUUUCUUUCUACCUACAUUUUACUUGGCAGUUCUUGUGGCCGGGUUGCCGAAUAAUCUUGGUCCCCCCCGCAAGUUUUUGGGUCUCAUGCGAGGUGCUCUCCCCUCCCUGCCCACUCCAACAAACCAGGAGAGAAUAUUCGUUAAUCUGAUUGGCUGAGAGGCGUGUUUGCAUGAGAGUAUGUAAACUUAGUUGUGACGUCAAGAUGUUUUGCUUUUCGCGCGCUUAUCACGCAAGCACGAAUUUGAAAAAAGUUGUUGAGUUGAAAACCCAACAACCUUCCUUUAUUCACCCAUUCCCUCGUUGGCUGAAACUUGGAAAACCUUUGCAAAACAUGCUCUGUCAAUUGUCUUUUCGCAUAAGCUGGCAUUUUAAGUGAGAAAAAUCCGUAUUUUGGAAAGCCUCUUUUUUGCAAAACAAGAAUAUUUGAUUACCUGUGCAAUAUUUCCCUCCUUUAACAGGAUAAGUGGAUUGGCAAGAAUCUUCAGAUAGGGGGAGCUCAAUUCAGGUUCCUGAAACGGUGUGACAGGUACAAAAAUCAACGAAUGAUUAGGGUGCAAGGGGGUGUCACUUGUUUAGUCAGGUGUUUCUUGUAAUGUCGUUAGUAAUAAUCGUGAGUUGAGAAAACAAGGGAGAGCUUGAAUGUUGUGUAGGAAGGUUGGAGUCUGAUACAAAUUGCCAGAAAAUUUGGCGAACUUCUGAAAAACUUUGAAGAAAUGUGUUUUAACAAAGACGUGCAGCCGAGAUUUCUUAAAGCGGCUUCGAGGUGCCUAGGUAUUUGGUACAGUACUUUUAGUGUUUGAUGUAGGUUUUUUCCUUUAUGGUACAUAUUAGGAUCGCGUUUCUUGUGAUAAAGACAUACUUUGACAAGAUUGCUGCUAAAAAUCUGCUAUCACUGUGGUGGUAUUUAAAUAACCAUACUUAACCAAUUCAGACGCCGAACAUUUUGCGUACUGUACUUUCUUCACGGUAUUCGGUUUGGUUACGGAUAACUUCGGCCUCUGAAUGGAGCCGAAACCUUUUCCAUGAUAGCGGUUUUCUUGGAUUAAUUUAGACUGUAGCAUUUAUUGCGUCAUGAAAUUUUUAGGACAUAUUCUUGUGGCAAACAUUUUAGGUGUAUCCUUAUAACAGUCAAUCCUGCACUAGGAGAAAAGGAUGGUCGCGAACCUUUGGCCACCCUGAGAAGGUAUUUGACUUUGAAAUAAUAAUUAAAUACGCUUUUGUUCUUGUCCUAUGCUCCUAUAUUUGUUAAAAAUAAGCAAAAAGGUGAUCACGAGCUGGACUUUUGGAAGAAGAGAAAAAAUGCUUACUCUCUUAAUCCAGACCCUUACUAUGGUUUUUAUGCAACUUCUCUUCUUUCUUUUCCUUCGUUUCCAAGUCUUAGUCCCCAUUUUCCUGACCCGCGCUAUGUAAAUUUGCGCGCAAAGGAAGGCGGGAUGGAGAAAACGGUCUUCGCCUCAGCUCCCUUCUUUUCCCUUCUCGUGGCCCCUUGCGCUUCAUCACCAGUCAUUUGCGUUGGAGGCAGACCAAUACCUAUUGUUUGACGUUGGGGUUGCCAUCGCCUGCCGUAUUGACGUCUUAAACUCCCCGAAUGGGGAGCUUUAGCAUCGACGACGGCGACGGCAGCAAAAGCGUUAUUCCAGUUGGCUGAAUACGUCAAAUGUAGGCGAAUUUCCCAGGAGUUGAUUUCUUGGGGAGUGCACUCAAGUUUGAAAAGGGAGAAAAAUUCGUCGUCGCGUGUUUAUGUUCUCCUUAAAACGUCCAAUGAGGCACUUUCACGCCGUAAUCGUGCAGUGACGGCAAAGAAAUAUACAAAACUGAAAAGUGUGAUGCACGUGCAGAGUUGUUCUUUUGCUUACCUAAACCCAUUGCUUUUUUGACGUUCUCGCCGCCUUAGCCGUUGCUAAAGCUCCCUGAUAGCCACCGUGACAACACUGUAAUGACCUCACGGUGCAGCUCGUGUUACGUGUGCUGCGUUACAGUUUGUCUCCUCCUGAAUGUCAGACUAAAGUUAUGUCAUGAUGGUAUUUUGAUGAAAUAUCUACUGCUUUACGAUCUGAAGACGUCGCACUUAUCACUUAACCUUGGUUAAAACAAACUCACACAUGUAACAACCUGAGGAAUGAUUUUACUCAAGUUAACUUGGAAACCAUUUUUAGUGAAAAAUAUUUAUCUGUGUUUGUACGUAUAUUUGUUUGUUUACAGAAUAAGGCUUCCAGAGGACAGGGAUCCAAGGCAAGGACGAUCCCCUCUAUUCGGUGUCCUCGUAGCUCUAGAAGGGAGUGCUGUGGGCCGAGUUGUCCAGCUAGGAGAGUCUGUAGUGAUUUGCUCAUAGGCCAACUCGUCGCUUAGCUUGUGCAACUUUAAGAGAAUUAGUAAUUCACAGUGAAAGCUAACUGUUUGGAGGACACACAUUGAAGCAGUAAGGAAGGUUGAAGAGUCUUCCAGUCAAAGGCCUUGAGUUAAUGGUUUUGGUUAUGAUCGGUUUGAUCAUGGAAAAAACAAACAAAUAAUAUCAAUUCCUCUGACAGUAAAACAUAAUGAAACUUAACGUUGUACUAUAUAUUAGGUGCCAGUGGAGAAAAAAGAAUAAAUAAAACAAGAUUCUCCCUUUGUGGUGUUCACAUGUAAGACAUUGCUUAGGGGUAGCAAUUGCAGAUUUUAGUCUCAUGCCGUAAAUUUUCUUCACCUUUUCAUGCACAGCCAUAAAAAGAAUCUGUUGGCCCUUUUAGCCCUUCUUGGAAAUAGCCAAUUUCCCUUCCUUUCAUAUCCUUUAACUAGUGAAAUUCCUACUUUUUCAUAUACCCGAAACCUAAAAAGGAUACCAUGAACUUGCGUGUCAAGCCACUCUGUAUAGGCCUUCAUAAAGAGUAGCACUCCCCGCAUCCCCCUCCCUGACCAGGAGACCAACAGGUCGUCAGAACUCUGUGGCCUGCUGUAGUGACACUGUGCUCUAUUCCCUUGGAGUUCUGACCGACUUGUCCCCGUCUUUAACGACUUUCUCAGAUAGUCUCACCCUACCGUAAAGUUCCCAAAGUAACAACCCCCCGAAAGUAGAGAUGAAAUUUCACAGGUAAAUGCCAAAAGAAGCGACCCUCCGAAAGGAGCGACUUCAAAAGUGAUUUCCCUUAUUACUAGAAAUAACGGAAAUUAUAGUUACAAGCUUGACCAAACUGAUCCGAGAUUUAUUUUUAACGGUUAUAAUGAACUUUGACAUUCCUUUGUGUAACUUAAAGGUACAUUACAUCGUUGUUGUUUUUUUUCAAAAAGUCUUCCUUUAGUUUGUGAAUACCCACACCGUAAUUAAAAAGAAAACAAUAAUAUGACAUAAGUUUCUCCAACUAAAAAGUGUGGAUGUUUUCACGAUUGUCGCGAAAUUAUCAUGGCUCGUACGGCCCAUGUACGAUACAUGAUUCAGAACCGUUACGGAGACGUUGUGUAAACCUCUCUAGGUGUCCAGCCGCACCCAAGGUUACAUAACGUCAGAGUUCCAAUAUGGCUACCUACUCCAAGUAUAUUUUAAUGAUUGGCGGGCCUAUUGCCGUAGUUGCUGGUAUAGGAGUACUGUGGUGGCAAAGGAAAAAGAAGAAGCCGACUUUAAACGAGGUGGGACGCGUUUCUGAUCUGAUCAUUUAUCCCGUCAAGUCAUGCAAAGGAAUUCGCGUGUCCGAAGCAAAAUGCUUCAAGGAAGGAAUGGAGUAUGAUCGGUAAGGGUGAUUUUAUUGCAUUAACAGGAUCCUCUCGAUUGGAGUACGAGAUUGAGUAUGAGUGCCAAUGUUUAAACCAAUUUCGUGUGCCUCUGAGUACAACGAGCUAUCACAGCAAUUUCUUCCCUAUUAAACUUUUAUUUUUAGCGUAACUAUAUAACUAUAUUAGAAAGACUACUAGUCACUAGUUACAGAUCGGGGAAUCAAAUAUAAAAGGUUCCAAAUUCCAAAGUCAUACUUUAAUGCGAUUUCGUUCUCAUAACCAAAAUGAAUACCACGCAGAGCUAGUCCCUUAAAUUUAGACAACAUGGUAUUUUCAAUGAGGCAAUUAAUUGCGUAUGGACAUUGGAAACAAUUAAGCUCAUUUUAAUAGCUCUAAUAUAUAUUAUUUAACCUCUUUGCUUAGCAAUAUACCGUUAAGCUGGAAGGAAGGUGAGGAAUAUUGCUUAAAAUAGCAAAUAUGUUCACAAUGUAAUUAUACAUAGUAGUACACAGGGGGAGGGGGAGGGGGGAGGGAGGGGGUACUUGUCAAUUUUUGUUGGAUUGCCUCUAAGAACCCCUACCCCAUUAUAGGUCUAUUUUGUGGCCAAUCAAAGAACCCUUCCUAGUCACUUUUGGGCAAAUGUUAUUUCUGCCGUGCCUAUUCAGUCACUCUCUGUCACUUUCUCAGUGGCGAUUUACCAGAAUGUUUGUUACCUCCAAAAUCUCAAAAAUCUGUGACCGCAUCUAUUGAAAAUGCAAACCCCAUCAUAUUCAUUCCAGUUGUGAAAAUGUGACUUCAUCUGGCAGCACAUCUCCAUUAGCCCAAUACUAGAAAGUACCUCAGGGUUCUACCUAAAGGCCACGAUCUGGAUAUCACUUGGUAGUGCAUUCCAUUUCUGUGCACCAUUGAGACAAGUGGUAACUUACAUGUUAGUGGUACUGUACAUCAAAUGGAUUCAAUUGGUUUGAUUCACACCCACCAUAUGGUACUCUUUUCUUUGCUAGGUGCUGGGUUAUUGUGGAUGAGAAAGAUGUCUUUAUCACUCAGCGUACACACCCACAAUUGGCUCUGGUUGUUCCAGAAAUUGAAGAUAACCGAUAUCUCUGCCUAAAUGCCCCCAAAAUGAAAACCCUCAAACUGGAUACUACAGACACUAGUGGAGAAGUCAAGAAAUUAAGGUACUUUUACUUAUAUUCUGAUAUGUUUAAUAGUGGUAUUGGAGCUGCCUGCUGGGCAAGAGUUGUCAGGAGCCUCUAAAGCCUUUUUUUUUUUCAGAAUGAAGUGAAUUCUUCAUGCCAUAAUUUCUUGCAAAACUCUAUUCAGCAGCUAACCCCCAUUACUGGCUCAGUCAAUUCCAAGCAUACCCAUCCCCCCACCCCCCGGGCAUUUGUAAGGCAUACAUGUCAUUUUUUUCUGGAGCAGCAACAAAUGCUCCAUGGUGGGGCCGGGUGGUUCAUACAAAAACUCCACAGUGGGGCUUAAAAAGUGUGCAAAUGUCCCCCCCCCCCCCCCCCCCCCCCGCCCCCCCAUUAUUUUUUUUUUUUUAUUAAACCCACAAAAAACCUUUUUUAAACACAAAAAAAAAAAAAAAAAAAAAAAAAUAUUUUUUUUUAUAAUUUUUUAUUUAAAUAAUUAUUUUACAAUACAACUUUUUUUUUUUUACUAAAUUUAUAACAAUUUUUUAGCAGACAAUAUGUUGUUCUACUAUCUGAAUACACUAGAUAAACCACUGGAGGGGAGGGUGGAGUAAAAAAAUCUCUCCACAUGUAGCAUAUGAUGGAUUAGUCAAAAUACCCCCUCCCCCCCCGCCUUGCACAAACUUAUUUAAUCUUUCAUUAAGUCAGGUGCAAAACCUAUGUUUAACAGCACAAUAAAAAACUUGAAAAAAAAAAAUCUUAUUUUCCAAUAUUCAUUUAACAAUAAUGGUACUUCAAAUAUCACUUACUUUAUGAUUACACAUCUAUACCACCUUUUGAAACUCUUGAUAAAGAUUUUUUAGCUAUGCGUUGUCUUUGGAGUCUGAACGGUCAGUGAACAAUCUCUUUGUUUGUUGUCUGUCAGAAUCAAUUAUGAGAGCAGGGUAUUUACCCUUAACUUGAAACCUAACUUUGUUCUCUGCUAAUUUUAACAUAAGUGUUGCAAUAUUCCUUAAGUAAUUACAGACAACCUCUCUGUUUGGCUUUCCUUCAAAACUAUAUACAAUUUUUUAUACGAUUUUUUAUAAGAUGUUUUGCGAUGUGUAUGUCCUCUUUUCCUGUCCUCUCAUGCGACAUGGAGUAGGUGAUCCAGCCCGACUUAAACAUUUCCCUGAGGUGAGAGAAAUCUCUUGACAAAAGAUUAAAAUAGCAAUGAGUUGUCUUGUCUAUCUAAAUGGGCAUAUUUUUAAGUGAAAUAUUGAAAAAGGAACUAUAUAAACUGCUUCUACAGGAAUUGACAAAUACUCACCCCCGGGCAGAGGUUUUCUCACAAAUUUCCCCCUCCCCCCCCCUCCCCCCACCAGGACCAACAAGAUGCCAAAUACCCUACAAAUGCCCGAGGGGGGAUGGGCAUGCUUGGAAUUGACUGAGCCAUAAGGGGGGCCCUUUUACCAUUGACCCAAGGAUGACUGCUCAAGUAUAAUGGCCAUUCAACUGUAUUGUUAUUCUCAACAGGGUGAAGAGGAUAGAUGGUGAAGGUCGUUAUGUCGGAGAUGAAGCAGCUGAGUGGAUCUCAAAUUAUUUGGAAAUGCCUGGCUGUAAGAUCUAUCAGCUCACAAAGCCAAGAAUUAUACUGGAGGAUGACAAGUGGGGUAGUGUAGCCCAGCCUGGAGACACGGUACGGUGGUGUAAGAUGAAGUUUAUGUACAGGAAAAAGUCGUAAUCCCUUAAGAGUUUGUAUUAAGGCCGAUUUAGACAGUAUGAUCUUUGUUUAUAACUAUCAUGCGCAACUAGCAUACGCCAUGACUUCACGUCAGAUUGUGUUGUGUAAAUGAGACCCACGACAUCCGUACAAUGCAUGAGGAUGUCAUAAGUGAAAAUUGUGGGCGUGUGCAUGGGCAAAUAGAUGUUUUUCUGUUAUGGACAGUUCUCGCUAGACACCUCUCUAAUGUGGACACAAACCAGUAGCUACAGAAUUAAGUGUCCACAGUUAAAGUCAGAACUAAAUGUCAGCUAUUUUGCAGGUCAAAAUGAAAUUCAGGUUAAAAUGGUUUUAACCUAGUUUGAUUCUCAAUUGCAAUUGAAUAAUAAUAGGGGUUAAAGACAAAGAUUUAGGUGCAAUCCAUUUUAUUUUGAGCUGCAACAUCCAGAUUGAAAGAGUUUCCAUAUGGUGAAGUGAAAAUUGUACGACUUUGUUAUCUUAUAUAGAAUCAAGAGUAUUGUCCGUAAAAGAAUGGUUUCUGCAUCGCCGAAAUCCUCCCCCAAGCUAGCCUGCGUGCAGAUAUCAAGAGGGGAGUGGAAAGGCAGAGGAGAGUCGCACUUUUCUCCCCCUCCACCUCCCCCGUUUUGCACCGACAAUAACCCAACUACAUAUGUGUGCAAAUAUUAGUAGUUGCUUAAAACCAUGCUGGCAGAAACUUUGUUUUCUAACAUAAACGUCUAAGUGUGGAAGCUGGGGCCAGCACAGAUACCUCAGCACCACUGCAACACAGGUACUUAGAAACAAUUGGAAACCAAUCAAUUUUUAAAAACAAGUAUUUUCCUUAUGUCUUUGCAAGUCGGCAUUUGGAGACUUUGCCCCAUACCUGAUCUGCAGUGAAGCAUCCUUAGAUGCACUGAAUGAAGAGCUGCCAUCGCCUGUCACCAUGGAACGAUUCCGUGCAAACAUAAUUAUCAAUGGACUCGAGGCAUGGGAAGAGGUAAGUUUUGAGGGAGGACAUAUUAAACCAAUAUGGACAUUUUUCUUAUACAGUCUUAUGGGUAUUUUAAGUUGGAUUAGUUGAAAGAGAUGCCAAGAGAUGAAGUCAAUGUUAACAUUUACCAUGGUUGCCACAGGUCAGGAAAUGAUCAGGGAAAAAAAAUUCCUCAAGGUCAGGGAAAAGUUUGUGAAUUUCACUUCAAGUCAGGGAAGAUUGAAAUCUUUCAAAGAAGUCAGGGAGAAAUGAGAUUUUAAGGGUACAUAUUUAUUCUUUCCCCUCUACUUUUAUUGUUUUUAUUGUUUCUAACAUUUAAAAUUCUCUUUUACAAUUUGCGGACAUCAAUCAUGUUGUAUUGGUAGAAUAUUAUUGUUCACGGAAUUGAACAACAAGUUGUUAAGGAACUAUCAAUUUGUGCACACUAUGACUUGCUGAAAGCAUAGAUAAAUGCGCGGAGAGAAUGGCUGUGAGGGGAGUGUUAAGUCCAUUAUCAGGACUAAGUUUCGAAAUUGUUUAUUCUAUUGAUCAGGAAAAUUUUACAUUUGUCAGGAAAAAGUCGGGGAAUUUCAGGAACCUCUGCCUGUGGCAACCGUGAUUUACAUGGUUCUCAUAACCCAAGCGUUUGACUCAAACAAACGAAAGUGGCUGUUAAUUUCCCCCCUUUUCCCUUUAACCCCUGAUACUCAGGGUAGUUGAUGCUCUCUCAAAAGCCUAAAACUGACGUGUUUACAGAGACUCAUGAUUAAUAUCCUUCUUUUUUCGUCUGUCAAAAGGAUAAAUGGUCUGGAAAGAAUAUUCGAGUAGGAGAAGUUGAAUUUAGAUUCCUGAAGGAUUGUGGAAGGUAGGUUAUUUUAUCUAAGUGAGCAAAUGGAUUGUGUUGAAGUCCUACAUCUAAUCGCAUAAUUUUGGAUGGAGGGUUCAAGUUAUCUAAUGCGUAAAAAUAAACAGUUAUUUUUUCGUCCUUUAAUUUGGACUAUGAAUUGCAUUUAUAUGAGAAACGUUUGAGAACUUCAAAGAUUAACUAUUCCUUCAACGUGAUAGGUGUCUCUUCGUAACAGUCGAUCCUGACCUGGGAGUAAAAGAUGGAGAGGAACCUUUAGUUACCUUGAGAAGGUGAGAUGGAGAUUCUUUAUCUUGCAGUCCAACGAUAUUCUACUUUCGAGACUUGAACGUUGCCUCGCCUUACCUAGUCUGCUACACCGCCGUUUUUAGUGUCGUCACGCAACGCUCCUCCUUGUGGAGAGGAGCGUUGCGUGACGACAUUAAAAACGGCUGUGUGGACAUUUCUUUGCCGUCGUUGCGUGACUACGUGAACACGUUAGGGAGCUCAGUUAAGCAACGACUACGGCAACGACAACGAAAACGUCACUUAAAAAGUGAAUUCGUGCCGUUUCAAACUUUAUCGAGCUUAUUCCAUCUCGUUCAAUUCGUCAAUUGUUGGCAAAUUUUUCAGGAGUCGGAUUCUAAAGGACUGUAUCAAAGUUCAGGAAAAGAAAAAUACAUUCGUUAUUUUGUGUUUACGUCCUCCACAAAACGUUUCACGUCGUAGUAGUACAGUGACGGCAAAGAAAUGUAGAAAAAGCGUGAUGCAGGUGCAAAGUUGUUUUUUCGCGUAAUAAACCUAUUGCUUUUUUAUGCCGUUCUCGUUGCUGUCGCCGUCGUCGUUGCUUAAGCUUCCUACUACAUUCAAGAAUUGGGCGUUGACUCGCUUUUUGACCCCCAUCCCCCCUUAGUACAGCUUAUCACGUUACUUGAAGAGCCAGAGUUGAAAAGCAUUUUGAGUUGAUUGUUUUUUGGUUCACAGGAUAAGGCUUCCAGAAGACAGGGAUCCUAGGCAAGGACAAUCCCCGCUGUUUGGUGUCCACGUAACACCAGAGGGGAGUGCUGUGGGAGGGAGUGUAAAGCUAGGAGAUAGUGUGACUUUAGUGGCUUAGUCACAAGCCUUUGCGAAUGACAAAAAAAUGAAGUUUCUGCUUGGAGGUGACAAACCAGAUGUGUGUAAAAUUAUGGACGUAUUUGAUAGUCUUGCAAGUAAGCAGAUUGAGUUUUCACUACGAGGCACCCUUCAUUUGCACUUAAAUAGGCCUUUUUGCUGUAUUUCAUAAUUUAUUCUUUAGUUUUAUGUUUAUAUCUAAAUAAGUUGUGCUGAUAUUAAAAC